AUGACUCCGCCUCCUUGUGGAAUAAGUAAGCAGUUGGUGUCACAUAUUCAAACUGUCUUAGAACGUUAUGGUAAACGUCUGAUCACUGAUGCCGAGUCGUUGGUAAGUCAAUCAAACAUUCAAUUUCUCUUUCUUUCUUUUCUGCUCUCCAUUCUUCUCUCUUUCUUUUUCAUCCUCUUUGUUUUCUUUAUCUGUUACUCCUUUUAUCUCUUUUUUUUCUUUAUUCACAUGUUCAUCUCCCAUUCUCUUCCAAUCUCUUUCUCUCAUCGGUCCUCUUCUUUUGUCGAUACUCAUUUUAUUUCUUUUCUAUUAACAUCUAUUCUUAUUUAUUCUGUUUGCCCCUUUCCUUUCGCCAUUUUUUCUUUCAUUCAUUUCAUUCUUUACCCCUAUCCAGUCCUUAAUGGUUGCUCUCUUUCGCGGGAUUUUCGUGCUUGCACGCCGCUUAUAUUUCUUUCUUUCUUUCUUUUUCUUAUCUCCUCAUUUCUGUCUUUGUUUAUUCUUCAUUUAUCUUUUAUUUUCGCUUUUUUUCCAAUAAUUCUCUAA